GGCCCAUCUAGCCCACGUCUUCGUUUAUGCCGGUUCUUCUUGACACGAGCCCCGAGUCCUCUCCGGUCUCGUCAUCACACCACGCCCUGCAGCGAGGGAGCGACUGCGGCUGCGGCACAGUAGGCGAAGGAGAGGAGAGCCAAGGCGGGCGCGGCGAGCUCCAGGAGAUCUGCGCGGCUGGCGAGAUGUUUGAUGAUCAAGACUUGGGCUUCUUUGCCAAUUUUUUGGGCAUAUUCAUAUUUGUGGUUGUUAUUGCAUACCACUUUGUGAUGGCGGACCCAAAGUAUGAGGGAAACUGAUGUCGUUCUGUUGGGCAAGGAGAUACUUAUGAUCUUCAGAUCAAAAUGGGGCAAUACUGUUAGUUAAUGCUAGCGAGAUCACUUGACAUUUCUUGAGUGCGUAUCAUGGAAGCUGGACAUGCAGUUUCUGGCAUUUUGACUUUACCCCUUUGUUAAUCUGCUGAAUCAGUAAAUCCUAGAGUAUUCUAAAGAUUAUUAUUCGAGUACUGCAGUUGGUUUGA